AUCCACAUCUACCGCGUAGAGGCCGGUUAAGAUCACAGUUCAGACCUGAUAACCAACUCCGUCUUGAGGACAUAUGCAAUGCGCCUGGGCUUGAUCGUGGCAGGAUUAGCACUCAGAUGCAUACCUUCUUGGUCUAUGAGGCCAUUAGACACGUACACCAAGAAAAGGUCGAUGCGGCGUUCAAGAAAGAUCUAUCUUUGGUUCCCUGCUACCCGGAAAUUAAGCGAUUACAGGCGAAGGGAUAUGCCACCGAACUCCACCAUCUCCAGGCUGCUCCAUUUGACGAAGGAACAAUUGACGGAACAUAUCAAGUUCAUACUAAUAUAUGGCUUGACCGGCUCCGCUUCAAAAGCAAUCCUCCAAGUACCGACUUCGACGAGCGACUCUGGUUAGUCUGGAGCGACCAAAAAACAGCACAACAUAUUCGAAGCUUAAAAUCUGCUCAACGGAAUGCAACCUUACCCUUCGACCGGCGAGAAUGUAUGCUAGGUCCAUGCGCGCUUUUCCACGUCCUCCAGAACCUGGUCUUGACAAUUAUUCGAACACAUUUCGAAGGGGAAAAGGGCACGUCCGAUGCAACGCUUCUAUCAGACAUUCUCUAUUUGGGUCGGAAAGGAUACUCGCGUGAAUCCCCCAAAUUUUAUCUGUUUGAUCCGUUGCUAAAACAAUCGUUCUCGGCACGGAUUCUUAUGGUAUAGUAUCAUGUGCUUACCAAACGGGGCCAUUUACAGAGGGCAGGUAUGAACGUCACUAUUGGAAGUGAGGUUCUAGAUGCUGUCAUUGAAAGAUUAGGUCCGGUUGAGCUGGCCUCAUCUAUCCAAGAAGUCGUAACAUUGACUUUCUCUCACGAUGCGUGGACAGAGAACAGAUAUGGUGUCGAGUUUAAGAAUAUGAGCCG